UCCUUCCUUCCUUCCUCCCUCCCGCCGCGCACCGCUCCCGGGAGCCCGGCGAGGGCUCGCGCUGCCGCCCCCCGCGCCCGUCUACCGCGGGCCCGCUUGCAGGCAGCCGGUCGCCGCCCCGCCGCUUCCCCGUCCGCGCUCGGGCCGGCCCCAGCCAUGUCCAAGCCGCCACCUAAACCGGCCAAGCCAGGGCAGGUUAAAGUGUUCAGGGCCCUGUAUACAUUUGAGCCCAGAACGCCAGAUGAACUGUACUUUGAAGAAGGAGACAUCAUUUACAUCUCAGAUAUGAGUGAUACAAAUUGGUGGAAAGGAACUUGCAAAGGGAGAACUGGACUAAUUCCAAGCAACUAUGUGGCAGAGCAAGCUGAGUCUAUUGAUAACCCACUGCAUGAAGCUGCCAAACGUGGCAACCUAAGCUGGUUGAGAGAGUGUUUGGAUAAUCGAGUUGGGGUCAAUGGCUUAGACAAAGCAGGAAACACAGCUCUGUACUGGGCAUGCCAUGGAGGCCACAAAGAUAUAGUGGAUGUUCUGUUUACUCAGGCAAACCUAGAGUUAAACCAACAGAACAAACUGGGAGACACAGCUUUGCAUGCUGCUGCAUGGAAAGGUUAUGCAGAUAUUGUAGAGAUGCUGCUGGCAAAGGGAGCAAGAACAGAUCUGAAGAACAAUGAGAAGAAACUGGCUUUAGACAUGGCGACCAAUGCAUCUUGCGCUUCCCUGCUUAAAAAGAAACAGAGUGCAGAUUUUUCAGAUCUUGUUUGUGCCUCCUGACACCACCCCAAAGGCUUGGGAUCUGGUCCCAGGUCUCUGCAGCAGAACCAGAAAACAGAGGAAACCUCUGUCUAUGAAGCAGUGUGAAGAGCUUGCACUCCUUCUAUUAAGGAGCAGGACAGUUUCUACUAGCUAGCUGUAAUCUGGAAGUCAACUGCCCCAAAAUGCUGUAGAUGUAACCGAUACUCCAAAAGUGAAAGGAGGACUACAAUGGCUGCUUUUCUAAACAUCCUGAGAUCAGCAGAGGCACUCACAUACUUAUAGUUUGUUUAAUGCAUACAUCUGUCUACUGACAACGGCAACUGUUCGUGGAUGAUAGUUCAUAAAUCACUGUAUGGGACACACCGGAGAUGCACAGUGCAGAAGGAUGUGGCACUUCCUUGUAUGAACAAGGAGAGCUAUUCUGCUUGUUCUGUGUCCACUACCCUCUAUCUCUCUAGCUUGUUCAGCUGUACUACAGCCACACAACUUUUGUAAAAAGCCAUACAACUUUGCAAAAAGCAUCUUAGGGACACCCAAAGGUUGCCAGUGAAAUAUACAUUUGCCAGGCGGAAAGCGGGACCACACAAACAUAAAUGGCUCAUACUCCCUUUGUUACUGCAGUAAGACAUGUUCUGUGUGACACCUGUGGGUAAGAGCAAAUAGGGGGGGACCCAGGACACUCUUGGUUUGCAGGCAUGCUACCAGCAGACAGAGCAGCAGUCUCAGCAACAGGGAUUAUGAAGGCCAAUACUGUAAUAGUUGGCUGCUUAGAAGUUAAGAGGAAUGAUAAGUUAAAUGAUGGUGUGCUUUUCAUCUCUUUCCUCUGCAAGGAAAAAGAGCUGUUUCUUUCUUUUUAUCCCGGCUCCUCUUCAUUUGAUCCCAAACCCCUUCCUCUGUGACAAUGCCUUGCUCACAGUCUACCAGAAGUUCCUGAGAACUUGCUGAUACUAGAUACACCAACUGCUGCUCACGCUCUACUCAGACUGUUCCUUGAUUUGACCAAAAAAUGCAGCCAAUAAACUCAGUCAUGCUGCUAGCAGUGCAUGGGCAUCUGACACUGAGAGCAGCUCUGAGGACUUCUGUCAAGAUAUUUUCUGGAGCACCCCCUGCCUCCUCCCCCAAUCUGCUCAUUUCUUAUCUGCUCACUGGGUAGUGAUUGAUUAGGGUAGGUCAGCGGGAUAUGAGCUCAAGGCCCAGACUCCUCAAAACAGGGUGGACUUGUCAAAUUUGCUAAUGCUGUUCUUAAUUUUGUCAUGCAGGCAUUUCAUGCACUUGAUACACUCCCUACCCUAGAUGUCUUACAACAUGAAACCCUGUCUUUGCUAAGUUCUUGCAGUGACUUCACAUGAAUGCAAAUUACAGGCACAUGUCCAAGAAAUCAUGGAUUUUGUGAUAUUCCCCUCAAUAAAAUCUUGUCGUUUCCCAGAAGUUUUGUACCUAAACUGGGGCAGGCUUCAUGGAGAUAGCCUGUUAACACCUGUGGUUUGAAUUUAAGGUGGCCAAAAACUGCCAGCAUACAGGAGGGAGUGACUGAGAAGUGAGUGGGUAGAAACACAUGGUAAAAACAUUCUCUGGGAGAAUGAAACCCCAAGAUUUUAGCAGCAUAUAAAGACACCUCUCAUGUAACUUACCCUUUUCCUCAGACAAGGCUUAGAAGGAGAGAUUCAACGUGCAUGCACGUUGACAACUUACACGUCGAUGCUGGAGGGCGGGGUGGGAGAAGUGGGCAACACGCAGAGCAGUAGAUGAGACACCUGCAGUGCAGACUGUUCGCAGCAGUCUCCCAUUCCUGGCCCAAGUUAGAUGUUCCCCCGGCACGGCAGCGUCUGAGCCGCAAGAGGUCACUGGUAACAGCACUAAAAACAGCUCCCAGGUUUCCCAGCCUUGGUGUUCUCCCUCUGCUCCUCACAUCCUGCGCUUCGAGUAGCCAGGUAUCACCCACAGCAUAAGCUGAAACUAACUGACCCUAAACCGCGCCUGUUAGCAUUGCAACAAGGCACGCGCAGCUCCACAGCAGGCACGCACCAAGCAACCUUCCUACAAACCCUCAACUCGCUGGAGGAAGGCACGUGCUAUCUAUAAAAUGCAACCACCCAGCCAGCAGUGCCCAAAGGUUUCUCAGCACAAGAAUAUCUUACUGAUUUUGGUGAAACUAACUGAAGAACAGAAGCUUUAUUUUACUAAAGCUUUGGACAUUUCAACUUCUUCCUCUCCUUGAAUUACAAUCUAAACAAAACCUCUCUCGUUUUCAGGAAACAGGACUAUGUCAGCAUGCCUGUGGGUGACCUGCAGCAUGAAAACCCUGGCCCAGGACUCAUCUUUUCCUCUUCAACUGAGGAAGAGGAAAAGUUUGGUUUGGGUUUUUUUUUUUUUAAAUCCCAAAGUACUUGCAUAUAAAGUAUAAGAAGGUUAUGUUCAGUUCUCCUUUCUGCCUGAUGUCGCUCCCAUCACCUGAUGAUAUUUUGCCAAGCACAGACUGCUAGACAUGCUCUUAUGAGCCCCUUCUCCUCUGUGAGAACUUGUCAAAACUGAUUUUUCUCCAAGAAAUACUCUGGUUUGCAUAUAGCAUUGUACUCUGGCAACAUUUCAUUUUACAAGCUCUAAUUUAUAUCAAUAUAUCAAUAUAUCAAUAGCUGGCAUGCCCCCAUCUUAUUAAAUAAGCCAGAUUGUUCAAAAACUGUUGUGUGAAAAUAUUCAUUUGCCAUGAUUUAAUCACUAACCCAUCACAGAAACAAGCUCACAGGUAUCCUAGGUACGAGAUUAUGGCGAGCUGAUUUGGUUCACUGGGAUUUUAAUGUAGCCCUUGAUUUGUCUUUUCUCUUAUUGUAACACCUGUAGUACAACAACAUACCACAUUUCGCUGGGAGACCAGUAAGAGGUCAAGCUUCAGCAAAGUGCUAGGAAUAAAAGCAUUUGGAAAUGAAACAGUUUUUUUGGGUCAAAAAGUAUAGACAGAGAGAAAAAGAGAAAACAAAUCAACAAACAUAACUUUGCUCUCUAGCUUUAUACUGCAAAAUGUAUGGGAAUGAGGUACCCCCGCUUCAAAGAAAAAGCACCAUGCAUAUGGCAGCAAGGAGAUGUAAGCAGUCUCCCCUACCACUCUCAGUAUUCCAUGUGACUGUAUGGCCGGGUGGCUGCCAGGCUUUCAGUGUGCUAAGUUUAAGAGGAAUAAAACUAAAAGAAGCUUUAAGAAAGUUGAGGGUGCGCCCUACUAUGCAGCUUUUCAUUUACAUGGACAGGCACCACUUACUUUGACAGGUUUUUGCUUGGCAGCUGAGUUGAGCAAGACAUCAUGGUGUUUGAGAAACUGUACAUCUUUAGGCUUCACUCAGAAGCAGCCCUGGGCAGCAGACAUGUCUUACUGUCCCCAUGCAUUUCCUAGAUCAGGUCCCCUGUCUGUCUGCAUUCAGUUUUAUGAGCUCUUUUAAUGAACAGCAGAGUUGUUAGAGGUCUUCUGCAAAUCAGAUGUUGAUCUACUGGCCUUCCUCUGUAACCCCGAAUCUUAUCCGUUGUUACCCUCAGCUUUAUUACUACUACAACUGUUUGCUUGAAGCAAAGCCCUUCUAUUCAGACAA